UCACGGAGCAGUAGUCUCGCGAGACUUCAGUUUUGUUUUCAUUGAUUCCCACUGUCAUGGCGUCUGAAGUGGAGGCGGGGAGCGCUGGUCCACCGGAGCCGGAGGUAGGAGAAGGGGAUGCUUCCUUUGGAGAACCACCAGUCAGCAUGGACACAGAGUCUUCAAAUGGCAAGGAGGGAACGGAGACGGCGGGCGAAGGCUCAGAGGCCGCCGACGCUCUCAUCGGUUCGGGGGAUGAGGAGAGCGGGCGGCAGUUGGGGGACGUGGAGCUGCAGUGUGCUCUGUGCAUGAAGUGGUUCACCGCCGACACCUUCAGCAUCGACACGGCAACCUGUCUCCCCUUCAUGACCAACUACGUGUUCCACUGCAACGUGUGCCAUCACAGCGGCAACACCUACUUCCUCAGGAAACAAGCAAACCUGAAGGAAAUGUGUCUCACGGCUCUGGCAAACCUCACCUGGAGGUCCAGAACGCAGGACGAGCACCCAAAGACCAUGUUCUCCAAAGACAAGGACAUCAUUCCCUUCAUCGAUAAGUUCUGGGAGUGCAUGACGACUCGGCAGCGACCGGGGAAGCUCACGUGGCCCAACAACAUCGUGAAGACGAUGAGCAAAGAAAGAGACGUUUUCCUGGUGAAGGAGCAUCCCGACCCCGGCAGUAAAGACCUGGAGGAGGAGUUCCCCAAGUUUGGUCUGUUGGAUCAGGAUCUGGGGACCAUCGGACCGUCGUACGACACGCAGAAACAAAGCACCGGGACCCCCACAGCCGGAGGCCUGAACGGUGGAUCUUCUUUCUCAGGUGCUCUGGCCCCCGGUCCGGGAAAAGGCAGAGGAGCCAAGCGCAAACAGCAGCAGCAGCAGGAGGGCGCGGCUGCAGGGGCGGCGAAGAGGACGCGCAGUGACCCUCUGUUCUCCGCCCAGCGGCUGCCUCCUCACGGUUACCCACUCGAGCAUCCUUUCAACAAAGACGGUUACCGUUACAUUCUGGCGGAACCGGACCCUCACGCUCCGGACCCGGAGAAACUGGAGCUGGACUGCUGGGCCGGCAAACCCAUACCCGGGGAUCUGUACAGGUCCUGUUUGUAUGAGAAGGUGCUGCUGGCCUUACACGACAGAGCACCGCAGCUGAAGAUUUCAGAUGACCGGCUGACUGUUACCGGGGAGAAGGGCUACUCCAUGGUCCGGGCCUCACAUGGAGUCCGGAAAGGCGCCUGGUUCUUUGAAGUGACGGUAGACGAGAUGCCUGCAGAGACGGCCGCCCGACUCGGCUGGUCUCAACCUCUCGGGAAUCUCCAGGCACCUCUGGGUUACGACAAGUUCAGCUACUCGUGGCGCAGUAAAAAGGGCACCCGGUUUCAUCAGUCCAUCGGGAAGCACUACUCCUCGGGAUACGGCCAGGGCGACACGCUCGGCUUCUUCAUCGAGCUGCCGGACGGCACGGAGACGGCCAGGUCUCUGCCCGACACCUACAAAGACAAGGCGCUCAUCAAGUUCAAGAGCUACUUGUACUUCGAGGAGAAGGACUACGUGGACAAAGCAGAGAAAGCGCUCAAAGCCACGAGCCCCAGCAGAAUGAUUUUCUACAAGAAUGGAGUGAGCCAAGGCGUUGCCUUCGAAAACCUCUUUGAAGGGAUCUACUACCCGGCGAUCUCCCUCUACAAGAGCUGCACGGUCUCUGUCAACUUUGGUCCACAUUUCAAGUUUGCCCCAAAGGACGUCCAGUACCAGCCGAUCAGCGACAUGGGCUGGGGGGCGGUGAUCGAGCACACGCUGGCAGAUAUGCUGUACCAUGUGGAGACGGACGUGGACGGGCGCCGCAGCCCGCCCUGGGAGGGAUAAAGUCAGUCAGAGCAGAUCUUCAGACAGCAGGACAGUGCAGGUGAAGGCGGCUUCCUUUCAGCUUCCUGUGGCAUUAAUUCAGCCUCAGAAGGUCAGAUCUACCUGAGUUUAAGCUCCAGGCGGACGGCUGUAACCGUCCGUCCUCACGGGAGGUAAAUAUUAACAUUUAGAGAGAACUUACUGGACGUUGUACAAACAUCACUUUAGGUGGCUGUUCUGCAGGUGAAAGCCUGUCGUAGCUUUCUCUGUUUUUCUAAUUUCAUUUGGUUGUCAUGGUGUGCCAGUUCUUCACUGUUUUAUACUUUGGAUUAAAUAAAAAAAACUGCAACAUGGAAA